AAUUUCUAUAUCAGAGCAUAGAUGACAAAGUUCUAAAGGUACACUCAUAGCAAGAUAAGAUAAAAUGAUAUUUACAGAGUCCGGUAAUAAAAAACGACUAGUUGAUAGUAAUGGUCACCGCGCGUCGCGUUUGAUACGGCCUUUAAUUUCUCUCUGAUAUUAUUAUAGCCAGUGAUAAUGCAAUAGUGAUAAAUCAGAUUAGUAGUAAGUUGAUAACGUUAUUGUGUUUAUAAAUAUCAUUUAAUUUGUUAUUAUAUAUAGUCGCGUGGUUUUGAUUUUGAUUAGAAUGUAAGCGACGUUAAGAGCAGAAUCAAAAAGCAGUUGCGACUUUAUUUUAGACAAAGGGAGUUUCGAUAUACGGUUUGCAAUUUACCAAUCAAUGAACUUACUCAAAAUAUGGAGUCAACUAAAAAGUUCUUUAUGGGGUUGUUCACGAUACCGGAGUAUCCCGAAUUCGAAGCGAACCGAGGCAUGUGGUCUGUGGCCCUGGACGCCAUACUGACCACGCUGCGGUAUCUCGCGCCAGCUACACUACUUACACUAUUCUGGGGGCAGCAGAGUUUCUUGUUCAGAAUUCUGAAGCAUAUCGACUCGGCUUUUAGAGCUAUAGUCUUCUCAAGCGAAGAACAGAAGCAAGCAGUGUUACAAUGGCUCGCGUCGGCUGGUCCCGUUCGAGUCGAACACCUGGACACGGUAUGGCGGCACGGGUGGGUGCUCUGCGGCGUGUUAGACGCGGCCUUACCCGGCGCCUGCGCAGGCCACCCGCCCACAAGGCUGUCUCUGAAGCACGCGCAAGCUAUAGCCGACCAUUAUCUUGGUGUUGAACCUGUCUUCUCCCGCCAAGAGCUGGAGUCAAACGACUCGUUAAGCAGACACCAAGAAUGGAAGCUCGCUACUUACCUAGACCGCAUUCGACAAGCACUUUCGAAAUUAACGCCUCCUGUUUCAAAACCUGUGUCACAAAGAACUUCUCCAGAAACCACACAAUUCACUCUUGACUAUGUUGCUAAAGGCUCAGGUUUAACUGCAGCCCAAGUGAAUAAUAAAGCCUAUUUCAAGAUAUAUCCCACUGCUCAACAAGCUUUAGAUCCUGGAGAAAUAACCAUCCUAAUCAGAGGGCCUCGAGACACGUAUGGCAUGACUGUAUUACCACCGAUCCUGGGGAAAGCACAGAUGAUCCGACAAAAGCUCUUGGGUCUACAAUCAAAACAAACCUUUACCGAAAAUGUUCUACCAAUAACACAAGGAGCAACGUACCUAAGAGCUUAUGGUAAAAACGAUAUGAACAAAACAUAUUACAUACCAAAAACCAAGUAUGAUAUUGACAUCGAAGUAGACACAAGAAAGGAUCAUGCGAAAAUAGGAUACGUGGUUAACAUGGAAGGGAAAUAUUCCAUCUCGAUUACAAGCAGAGGUCAGAGUAUUGUUGGUUCACCGUUUACAAUUACAGCUUCCCACAACAUCAUCAGUACCUUAGAAAAAGACAACUUCUGUUUAGAAGACGGCGAAGAAAUAGAUAUCGUUGACGUAAAAACCGACAGAAAAGUCGUUUUACGAAUAGUAGACUUCGUUACUGAGAAGAUGUUAUUAAAAGAAAAUGGUACUCUGGAGAAAAUAAGUGAUGAUGAAGCUAAGAUUUUAAUGGCAACCGACACUGACAGCGACAUCUUGAACUUCGAUAGUGAAACAUAUUCGGACGUCGAGAGUGAAAAACAAACUGCGAUCACGAGUAAAAGAUUCAAUAAAGUUGCUUUACAAAUCUUAGCUAUGAAUCGUGUUUGUAAAAUAUUUAAUAAUCUCGUGGCUGAAAAACAAUUUACUCCAUUGACAAAGAACGAUAACUUUAUGCGAUCAAGGACCAAACAAGAGAUUCCUGAUAUCGUAAAUUCAACUCUCACAGAAACAAAUAUCAAGCCUUACAUUAUACCAGAAUUGCGUGAGAAAUUCAUUGUGCCGGAAAGUAUUUCAGUUUCUCUUAGAGCAGAAAAAUCUACUUACUACGAUAGUGACCCAAAUAGUUCUUGGACUGAAAUUGAGAACGUUAAGAUUAACAUUCCCAUGGAAUCCACGAGAAUAGAUAGUCCCGAUAGCUUGGACGGAUACAAUGUAUCAAACGAGGAUCCAGAGGAUAAUAUUUCUGAUAGGAUGACACCAUCAAGUACAAACAAUCCCUUCCUGAAUGAAAUGUUUGAAGAAAAUUAUGUCGCUUCUAAGAACUUAGGACCAUUUGUAGCUUCAGAAUAUGAAACAAACAACUGCCAAAAUGAAGAGACUCGGGAUAGUUCAAUAACUAUUGUAAUUGAUCCUAAUGUUACACCGUCACCAAUCAAUAGUAAUCCAUUUAUUGAAGUAGAUGACAUUUCUCCACUUAAACCAGAUCCUAUAGUGUUUGAAAGACCAAAGACACCGGUCUUCAAAAUUAUUUCAGGAGAAAAAGUUAAUCGCGAUGAAUCUGUGUUCAUUGACCCUAAAUCUGAGCUGGUUAAUGAGGAAGCCCUCGGCAAUGAAUUUGUAAAUCCCUUCUUCAUGCAUCAUCACCCAUCUGCUACUUUUGAGCAGCCACCACCACUGACAGAUUUUAUCAUCGGAGCUCCAGUUUCCUUGCCGCCUAUGUUGAGAGCUCGUUCUCCUGAGCCACAAUUGAGAUCGUUAGUAUUACCUGGUACUGAAAAAAGUAAGAAAAGCAAAGGUAGUAUUAACCAAGAGAAAAAAACUGAGGCAGUUCCAGAGCCACUGUUUUCAACUCCUUUGCAUAAUAAUUUGAAUUUGCCAAAAGGUAGUAAAACUGAAAAUAUUUCAUCAGUCUCAUCUACAUUUCAUAGUUUGGAGUCCAAUUUGACAGAAACCAUAGAUAACUCCAAUGAAUCGACAACAAGUGAGAACCCGUUCGAUCCUUUUCAGAGUGACUCAGAAAGAAAUCUUACGCCCAGGAAAGAUAUAUGGGAUUCUGCGUAUGUAAGUAUCGAUGACAAUAACAGCUCUCCAGAUAGUAAUAACAACGAAAAUUCAACACUGUGCGAGACCAUAAGUAAACAGAAGUUUUCUCCUAGUGACGACCAUUUUGGAUUAAAACAAGAAGAAAUAACAAACAUGGGCCCUGCUGAAAGAGAAAUUUGGCAAACCUGCAACGAAUUAAAAACUGAACCAAGUAAAUCUCAGGAAGAACCGAAACCGCAUAAAUGGGAAAUUAAACGACCAACGUUCACACCUAUCAUUGAAGAAAGCGACAGAAGCAUAUCAUCAGGCACAAAAGAUCUAUCUAAAACUGAUUUAUGUUCAAAACAAGGGGAGACUGACAGUGUGACAGUGGCAUUUGCUGAACUAAACGACAUGUACCAAGAAUACUUUCCUAAUUCAGAAACCAGUUCCAUAGCCGUUGCAGAUGAAGAUAAACUUCAUUGCAUGGAGGUGGAAUAUGUAACACAAACUAAGGAUGUUAGUGUCGAUUCUGCAUCUGAAGUAUCAGAUGUGAAAAGACACGAAGAAGGAUUUGAAGGAACGAUUUCUGAGGUUCAGGCAAAUGUCACUGAAUCCAUUUCAGUAAGUCAACCCCUUCGUAUUGAACAUAACCAAAACCUUGAAAAUAACAAGGGCCAUAAAGAUGAAACGCAAUUCGGUGAAACAAGCCGUAGUAAUAUAGUACUUGAAAAGAAGAAGUAUUGGGAUGAAAGGAUACGCCAAAUAGAGGCAAAAUCAGCAGAGACGUCGACGCUUCCCAAGAAAAAGCGUAUUCCAGCGAAACAGUUAAAACACGACUCGCUAAGCAAGCGAAAGGGCAAACAAAUAGUAAAGAAUUUCCUAAGCGCAGGGGAUUACAGUCAAGUCAAAAGUGUAAAUCAAGCUGAUGAUACAGAGCUAGAGAAUAAAGUACAUGAGCCUACCAUAAGACAUAUUUUCAAAAAUGAAUUAAGUUCAGAUGAAAAAUCACAGUCAACAGAUGAAAAAUUAGUUGAAAGAUGGAAAAAAUAUUGGGAUGAGAAGUUAGAAACAGAUCAGGUAGAAGCUGAAGCUAUUGCUCUGAAAACGAAGUCCCCCAAAAUUCAUAGAAUCACCCAGAGCCCAUCACACGAGCCCCCCACAAGUUCAAAUAGAGUUGAAGUUCCUGUAGAAAUUAAAGUGGAAAAUUACAAUAAUAACGAUGUUUCAUCGAUCACUGCACCACAGCCAGUCAAACAAGAAUUACCAGAAGAAGUCUUCAAGGCAUUCGAAACAAGCCCUAAACGAUUCUUUGGGACAUCAAGACAACAAAUAUUAAAUAAAAUUGACACAUUUUUAGGGAAACCAGCAGCUGCUGAUGUUCCUUCAACAGAUGUAGCCGGAAUGUGUCACGAGAGUGGUCUAGUUUCUAGUCGAAUAUCUUUGUUCCAUAACAUGUCUAACACGGAAGAAUUACCGUGGGCCCGUAGGAAAAGUCAAUCAAUGCAAAAUGUAAGUCAAAAACGAGACAGUGAUAAACACGCAGUAACUUUCGAAGAACUAAUAAAGGACACACAUAAUGAUAUUCCUAAGCAUAGAAUCAACGAAACUAAAAAUAGCAUCGUAACUGACGCUGUUAAUUUGAAAAACAAAAGAGCCAGAAUGGUUCACAGUGCACAUAAUCAGACCAUGGAUGAAACCCUUUAUGUACCUGAAGAAUCAGUACUAUCGCCUAAAUCAAAAGACCACGUUAAAAUGUCAGUAAAAGAGUUUAGUGAGGAAUAUCAGCCUACUGAAAGCAGAGGCGAGACUCUUCGAAAGAAGUCAUUCAGUAAAUCAGAGAUGGACAUUUUCAACAAGAUUCCAAACGAUACAAGCGACGAUGGCUUAGAUAAAUACAAAUCAUGCGACGAAUUGCCUAAGAUUAAUGUAAAGAGUUUCAUAUCACUUUAUGAAAGCGUAACUAAGACCGCUACAGCGCCAAGACCAGCAAAGAGGGUGUUCAGGACCGGUUCUGCAGAUUCACAGAGAUAUUCCCAAGCGAACAGCAUAACUUCAGAUGCUGUACAUAAGCGGGCCAUGGAUCGAGGGAGUGUAUCAAACUGUGAAUCAAAGACGACCACCCCAGGAGUCACGCCAACCAAUAUGUGGAGCAGCCGGGAUUCAGAAACAGUUAGCAAUCUGAGUUUAGACACUAGAACGUCCGGCUCGUUUGACGUUAAUAUAGUUCCUCAUGACAAUAAGGAAACAACGUACCUUAGCCUCUCAGACAUUGAACUAGAGAUUGUAGAAUGUAGUCCAGAUAAGUCUAGCGAGUCAUCACCUGAAAGAGAAGUAGAACCAGCCCACAUAGAAUAUAAACAUAGAUUCAAAUUAGCAAAAGAAUUCUUCCAAUCAAUCGAAGAACUGAGCGAAACUAAAAGACCACGAAAAUUAAACGAAUGUGAACAGCUCUUGCAAAAGCAAUCAACAGAAUCUCUAGAAACAGAACGACCACAUAAAAGGGUUAAGAAAAAGAUCAAAUCUCACUCCAUGCCGUCGUCGGAAAUAUCGAAGAUAUGGAAUCAGCUACAGGAAAGCCAAGAAAGCAGUUCAAACCAGAAACUGGUAAAGAUAUCAGAGAAAUUCAAUGUGGAGGAUUUAUUUACCGACGUGACUGAAGGGAAACUGAGUCGCCAGGGUAGUUUAAGGGGCAUUCCACAUAAGAAAGCUGUACUUGAAGCAUUUCGAUCUAUGGAAAACAUUGCGGAUAACACCAUCAACUCAUACGAAAUUGCUGAAUCACAGUUGACUGAUUUUGCCAAACAGCAUACCGUGACUGUGAAAAAUGCUCAGACUUAUUUGAGUGAGUAUCCAUAUUUGCCGACGACCGACCCCUCAAAGUAUCAUUCGAGAUUGGACGUCAAAGCAUCUGGUCUUAUCUCAUUGAAAGAGCUGAAAGAAAGGAAGCCGCGAAGAAACAGUGUGCCUGACUUAAGAUUAAAUCCUAAAUUCACUGAAGACCUUUAGAUUAUUUGAUAGUUUCUCUUCUAAAGUAUUCGAGACAAUAUUUGACAAAUUCGGCUAAAUAGGUAAGCAUCGUUUUCAGCGUUCAGUCAUUCUAAAGGAUUAUAGUCAUAAUCUUAGAAAUUACAGUAUUUACUAGUACCUAAAAACGUAGUUAAUACUCAGUUUUAUUUUAAGUAUUAGUUAUUUUAAGUUGAAUUGUAUCAGAUGGGCUCUAUUUGUGUUCUUUGAAUAUUUUUUUAUGUUCCAUAGUCUCUGUUUUGUAUGAUGAUAAAUUGAAAUGUUAGUAUGGCUUAUAACAUUAUUGUAUUUUUAAUACAUAUUAUACAACAUUGUUGUAUUUUUUUUGCCAGCUUUGUGUUGCUAUUGUAUUUCGCUAGUUACUACCAUGUACAAUUUUGUACAGUUAUUGAAUCUAAUUAUUAAGUUUUAAGAUUUUACUGUAACUAUUUAUUCUACAUUAAAUAAAAUUAAUAUUU